CGAUGAAACGCGCGACAACCUAGUUAGUCUUAGGUUGAAAAAAAUGUAAAAGUAAAAUUGCUGGAAGCAAUUUGGAUGUGCCGUGUCAAUUCAAUUACGAACGCUGAGCGCUCCAAUAUCUCUGUGAAGAUUAGGGCAAUGAAAAAAUAUUGCAGGGAAAAAUCUAGAAAACAUUUAAUAGACAGAUGAGUCCGGGCAAGCGAAGCACUCUGUGCGAGGCGAGCGACGCGCGUCCGGGCGUCACAGUUACCGACAUGGACACGGUACAGGAAGAAAAUGACAAUGACAGUAUCGAGUCCUCGUACUCGGACCUAGGACACCUAAGAGAGAGGACUAGAGCGAUGCUGGGCCCUGCAGUUGAGCCCCUAAUACAAAACUCGCACUCGCAGCCGAAUAGCCGCCGUGUGUCCAGCGACAUAGAGGCGAAACUCGCCGCCAACCUCAACACCAGACGGCCGUCGGCGAUAAUCGCAGCGUUCCGUCGGCCGUCGCAGGCGCUGGCGUUGUGCGCCGCGACGCAGCGACGCUUCCUGUCGGAGCUAUCGCCCAACUCCCGCGCAUCCGUCGCCUCAACCGCACACGAGCCCCCACCGUCUGCCGCAGAGAUCUUGGGACACGAAGCCCUAAGCAAGGCACUAUCCGCUCUAUACGCGAAAUUGUUGGUAGUGCUCGGGCUAGCUUUCCCCGUCACUGAAGUAAUAGCUAAUGGCGUUCCCGAAGCCUACUACCAGGGAUUUUACCUGUAUCUAUAUCUGGUGUCUCUACUAUUCGUGAUAUUUCAAUACGCGAACCUGAUGCGAGAGAAGGCGUUCAACCUAAUUAUAAGCAAUCAAGGCCAGCAGGAAAAAGAAGAUAAAAAUGGCACAAGCACCGAGAAAGCAACACCCAACGAGAAAACAAAACGAAAAGAAGUUAUUUCCCGCUACGGCAGUUUUUAUUUGAGGCUCGGAGCCAUAGCAUUCGGCAUCGGAUCGAUGGUGUACAGUGGACUGGUUUUCGGGGAAUAUUUCGAGAAGAGGGACCGCUGCCGAUCCGUGCUGGCUGCGCUGACUCCGGCUCUGCGAAUGACUCUCACUCUCGCUCAGAUGCAGUUCAUAUUCCUUACUAACAAGGACAUCGAAGUCGGGAAGUUCAAGCUGAUCCAACGGUUCGGAUUCAUGCACAUGAUAGCUACGAACCUGUGCGAGUGGUUGUUCGUCCUGGUUCAGGAGACGAAGCACGAGAUACAUCAUCUGGAGCACUCUAUGCUGCUGGAGGAGGGCGGGAACCACACUAUGCCGGCGGAGCCGUGUCGGAGGUCCAACAUUAUGGGCUCGCUCAUACAGAACGCCUCUCCGUUCCUUUUCCCCUGCACGAUUGAAUAUUCGCUUAUUUGUGCUGUCAUCCUGUAUGAAAUGUGGAAAGAGGUUAAAUGUACUCCCGAAGAUUUUGAAAAGAAGUUUAACUACGGGGUGAAAAACAAGUCACGAAACAACUCGGUGACUCCUGAGAAAAUUUUACAACAGUUCGCGGGCAUGCUAGGAGUGAACUCUCCCCUGGGCAGUCGGAACACGCUGCACCACUUCUCAGUGGACUGCUCGCACGCACACAGGGGACUGAUCGCCGGCAUACUGCUCAUAGUGCUUACCAUCAUAUCGCUCAUCAUGUUCUUUGUGCUAGCGAACAACAAGAGUACUAUUAACGACGCGAUUUUCGAAGUGAACAUAUGCGAAUUGAUUUUGUAUUCACUGUCAAUAAUGGCGUCACUGGCAGCCCUGAAACAAAUGAGAGUUCUACCGUAUAAAAGAAAAACACAAGCCGUGCUAGGCCUGGACACGUCGCUGCUGAUCCUGGCGCAGUCGGGCAUGUUCGUAUACUGCAUGUUCAGCCUCAUCGGCUGCCACCACUCGCUGUACCUCACCCAGGGGACUGACCUUACUGGCUUCUUCUCGGAGUUCCUCUCCUUGAUUCAGACUAUUCUCCAAACUCUGUUCAUAAUCGACGCGUGGUGGCGGCGCAGCAGCAGCUCUGAACACCGGCGGAACAAGCCCGGCAGGCAGCUCGUCACGUUCCUGCUCGUCGCCAACAUGGCUAUGUGGGCUAUUAACACCUUGGAAAAAAACAGAGCGGAGUUCAGGCCAGCUCACCUGGCGUUCUACGGCCCCUGGGCUUGGACCAUCAUCACGCACGUAUCAAUGCCCCUGGCCAUCUUCUACCGAUUCCACUCCACUAUAUGCCUGUUCGAAAUCUGGAAAAACAGCUUCAAGAAUAAACCGAUUUACUUAAAUGUGUGAUGAAUAAAAGGAAUAACAUGUGAUUUAUCCUUUAUAUAAUAAAGUUUUGUUAAAUAUC